CUGCCCGUAUUUCGGAAGAGAGACGAACCAAGAGAGGGAUGAAAGAGCAGAUGAAGAUGAAGAACGACGAGUACGACGACGUUUUGGAACCGCCCAUCAAUUUCUCCAUGGUGGAGGACGGCAUUUUCAGAUCCAGCUUCCCGCAGCCGUCCAAUUUUCCUUUCCUCAAAUCGCUUAAUCUUCGAUCAAUCAUAUAUUUGUGUCCCGAGCCGUAUCCAGAGGAGAAUUUGGAGUUUCUUCGGUCUCAGAAUAUUCAGCUACUGCAGUUUGGAAUUGAGGGGAAGACGGAGCCUUCUGUAUCUAUUCUUAAGGAUACCAUCCUGGAGGCUCUGAAAAUCCUCAUUGAUGUGCGAAAUCAUCCAGUUUUGAUCCACUGCAAGCGUGGAAAGCAUCGGACAGGUUGUCUUGUUGGUUGCCUACGAAAAUUUCAGAAUUGGUGUUUGUCUUCUGUGUUUGAGGAGUACCAGCGUUUUGCCGGCGUGAAGUCUAGACCAACAGAUUUGAGGUUUAUAGAAGGAUUUGACAUAAUGCUGCUGAGGCAGUGCCUGUACAGCAUAAUCUACCAGUAUCAAGGUUACGGGUCGAACAAGAGGAGGUUGUUAUACAAAGAAGACAAUUUACAGAAGCCCCAAACCAUGAAAGUUUGACACACAGCUUGCGGAAUUGGAGUUGGAGGGCCCUUGUUUCUUUACCUCGUGCUUUGCUACUAGUCUCACUUAGACAUACAUCGGUUUGUCACUGUGGUGUAUAAUAUGAGUCCAUGGUGUCAUCCUCGUUAGCUUCUUCCGGUAAAGGAUCGAUUCGGAACUAUUUCUUUUGGAUUUGGUCUUCCAUUGGCAUCUCUUGGGACAAUGUGGACUACUACUACUACUGAUUUGUUUAUUCUUUUAGAAUUUCUCUGUAUCGAUGAAGACCUUUCUACUUAGUGAAUGUUA